AUGACCACAGUUAACUAUAGAGCAAAAGUUGUCAAGUGCCUAAGAGUGUACUCUCAUUCCACCCACACCAAAGCUGACCCUAAGGUUGACGAUGAAACCUCAAGUUCUGAUGGUAAAUCUGAAGAUGAUACCAGUGGUAAAUCUAAAAAUUUGUCUCAGAAACUGAGUGGUAAAUCUAUUGAUGAUUCCCAAAAAGCAUCAUGCAAAUCUAAAGAUGUUGAUACAGCUAAGAUUUCUGGUCAUUCUAAGCAAGACGGACAAAAGACCCCCAAUUCUAAUGGUAAGGGCAACACAAAAUCGAGUGUGCCAAAGUCGAAAGAAACUGAUGUUCAAAAGUUACUGAAGCAUGAAGAAGUGCAUGGAAUUUUGGGGCCACAUGUUGCUAUAGAAGACAAAUUUGUUGCAGAACUUGGAGGAAAAGUUCAUGUGCCAGUCAUUUCUUUCAGUGCCAGAAGCUCAACUAUUUCCGGUGCACAAAAUCGAUACUAUGUUAGGACAACUCCAGAUGAUCUGUAUCAGGCUCAAGCUCUUGCAGCCAUUUGCCAAGGAUUUAAAUGGCCUGAAGUAGUGAUUUUGUAUGAAGACACGGAAUACGUCAAUCAUUUUCUUUGGCAUCUGAAUAAGGUAUUCCAAGAAGUUGAAAUUGGGAUAGCGUAUACGAGUGCCAUCACAUCAGAUGACAUUCAAAUAUUUAAAGAACUCAACAAGCUUAUAGCAAAGAAAACGAGGGUAUUCCUAGUGCACAUGAACUUGUCACUUGGUUCUCGGCUAUUUCUUCAUGCCAAAAAUGCAGGAAUGAUGAGUGAAGGGCCAUAUGUACGGCAGUCAGAAAAGCUCAACAGUUUCCAACAAAGUUGGAAAAUGAAUAUGGUUCCCAAAGAGAAUGUGGGUUCAAUUGGGGAGUUAAAUGUCUAUGGUUUGUGGGUGUACGAUACAGUAUGCUCCUUAGCAAUAGCAGCUGAGAAGAUUGGGCAAGUAAACGCAAGCUCAUUAUAUACGAACACCAGCAAAAAUGAAAUGGGCAAUUUGAAAGUCUCAGCAUAUGGACCAAGACUUCUCAGCGAAUUAUCAGGUACAAAAUUUAGAGGCCUAAUAGGAAACUUUCAAUUUAUUAAUGGGAAAUUGAAACCUUCAGUAUUUGAGAUAUUCAACGUAAUUGGAAGUGGAGAGAAAACUAUGGGGUUUUGGACACCAGAAAAAGGAAUAUCCAGAGAAUUAAGUCCAACUGGCGAACCAACAAACUCAACAUCCACAAAAAAUCUCACAAAUGCCAUUUGGCCUGGAGAUUGUGUCGCGCAGCCAAAGGGUUGGGCUAUUCCUGCAACCCGACUCCAACCAGUCAUUUCGUCGCCGCGCCUCAUCCAAUCCUNCAAUAGCACUAACCUCUAUGUACUAUCUGCAGGGCCGAUUCUGUGGUGA